AUGUCGUCCAACAAGCCGGAAAGCGGACUUUCGAAGCGGCCUGACGAACCCCGGGAGUUCGCAUUCAUCAGUGGUCGUGCCAACUCGACGCGGGAGAAGUCGAAGGUCAGUCAACUGGCGCAUCGUCAUACUGCAAGAGUCGUCAAUCGGCAACGAAGACUCCUGCGAACGCAGACUUCUCCCGCGAAUGUUGAGAGUAGCAACGCAUCGACCGCAUCUGGGCUGUUUGGAGAUGAGCUUCACGCGAGCUCGAGAAGUGCCAGUGUACCCGUCAGUACUUCGCAAAAGCAUGGCCAAGUCCUGAGCUUUGAUGGCAACGCCGACAGACAGCUUGAUCGGGGUCAUGAAGGAGCGACUGCCUCGGAGGCGGCCCCAACAGUCAACUGGAAGGCAAUAUCGAGACCGUCUUUCAACCAGAAGGAGGAGAUCUCCGAACAGAUGCUCCGCUAUCUGUGGCUGCACAGCAGUUCUUCGCCAACACGAAGUCUUGAUCCGGCUCUUGGGCCUAUGGUAGCAGGCAUGCUUCAAUCUGCAAGUGAGCCGGUUUACUCGUUGGGAAUCCAUCACCACUUCAAUGUCGGCGGUGGUCGAGCUUACGCACUCUGGAGCUCCUUCGAAUGGUUCGCAUUGUACUGCCAGGAGCCGAUCGUGUUUCAUGGGUUCAACGUCGCCGCUGCAAUGCACGACGACCUGCUGUCAAAGAAAGGCCGGUGGUCGAAGUCCUCAGAAAUCAUAUCGCGGAGAGCUUUGGAGUUUGCGGUGUUUGGUAUCGCCACCCUCAUCGUGACAACGCUGCAGGAGAGCUGGCCAGAUCGAGGUCUUCUGCUGUCACCUCACAUGCCCUCUGCGAACUUCGACAGUGUCUUUGGCCGGACACUCGUGGAGCCAGAACCAGUGAAGGCCAUGAUGCAGCUGGUUCAUCGAAUAGGAGGGUUGCCUAAGAUUCGUCUUCCGGGUCUUGCGAUCGUUGCAGCAGGCGUCGAUAUGAGACGAGCAGGACAGGCGGGUACCAAGCCCUUUCUACCAAGCCUCAGUAAACUGCACGACGACAUCUCUCUUGCUUGUAUCGAAGAGCAGGCAGACUUCAAGCCUGGCUAUGGAUUCUCCGCGCACGUACCGGGAGGACUGCCACUGAAAACGCUGAAGGCCUUGGCGUUCCUCUGCAGUAUCGAUGUGCUCAUGAGCUGGGCCCGAGACGACGUCCAGCUUGAGUAUGACUGGAACCAUUUGGUCCAAGCAAGGAACGUUGCUCACCACCAGAUCCUCUCGCUAGACAGCUGGGAUGAACUCGACGAAGAGCAAAGAAGUGGAUGUUCGAAAGAGGCGUAUGAGUGUUGCCGAUUGACUGCUCGGCUAGAUUCGAUAGCUGUGCUUUGGGGCAUGCCUCCAGACACCGGGUGGCAUUAUAAAAUCGUUAGACAAGUUCGGGACUUCCUCGAAGCGUCUCAGUUCCAUCUUUGGCCACAAGAGUCAGCACGAAUGCUGGCCUGGGUGUUGGUCAUAUGCGGCAUCGCAUCGUAUCGAUCUGCCGACAGGAAGUUCUACGAACAAAGUCUUCGAGUGACUCUGCUGAGAAACGGAGUGACCAGACUACAACAAUUGAAAGAGGUCGCGUCGCCUUUCGUAUGGUCCGAGAAGGCGUGUGCAGAUGGCGCCGCGGUGCUCUGGGAUAUGCUGGACAUCAACGACACCGAGGAGGAUGUUUGGGAUUGUGAAGAAGGGGUCGACUGA